AUGACCACGAUACGUCUGAUGACACCCAAGGGCGCGAUGGUCGCAGCCAUCUCUGUCACGGAUAGUGUUUUGCGCUGCUCGGCCUCCUCCAUGUCCCCAGCGUCGGAUUGUACUUUGGAUCGCGUUGACGGCCGUCUCCAGCGUGAAGAUGAGAAGGGCGGUGUCGCCGACGACGUCCGGACAUCACCGGGAUAA